ACUACCCCUACCACCGGCGCGCUAACGGCUUCAUCAUGCUUCCUAUCCGUCCGCCAACAACCUAAAGAGGCCCUCGUCACAGUCAAGGGCAAGGAGAAGUUCAGGAAGCCCGUCGACCCUCCGCCUAUGCUGCAGCUCAAAGUCAGCUCCGAGACCGACCCCUCGCAGCAGUUUCUGCAAAACCCAUACCUCUUCGUCAGCGUGUCGCUGUACAAGCACGACAAGGACGAGCCCAUCGACAGCACACCGAGCGACACCCUAGCAGGCACCCUCGUCUCAUCGCUGCACCGCCUCAAGGACAUUGACAACAAGGACGGCGCGUUUUUUAUCUUUGGCGACAUCUCCAUCAAGGUCCAAGGCUGCUACCGGCUGCGCUUUACCUUGUACGAGCUACAACCCACAUUUAUCACAUUACAAGACCUGCCGCAGUACCAGGGCGUCGACGGCACCGACCUUUUUGGCACCUACCAGUGUCUCGGCCACGUCAUGAGCGACAAGUUCAACGUCGUCCUCCCCAAAGACUUCAAGGGCCUCGAGGAGUCUACAUAUCUUUCACGCGCUUUUUCAGACCAAGGCGUGCGCCUACGCCUGCGCAAAGAAGCCCGCGGCAUGAUGGGCAACAAGCGCUCCAUCAGCGAGCAGGAA